GAUAUUAUUUUUAUUCAUGACUUAUGAAUUGAAUUCUUAUCCAAUAGAGAAAAAGCAAAUUUUAGAUGUCAAUUUGGAAUCAAAAGACGAAAUGCGGUAUCCGAAUGGUACUGUUAUAGGGAAAUACUCGUAUAAGGAUAAAGAGGGGAAUCCUGUGCAUGUGAAAUAUUAUGCUGACGACUCUAGUUACGGAGUGGAACUCAAAAGCUUCAAGAUUCUUGGUGCAAAUAUUCCAACAAUACCGCAGGAUCAACCAAAUCUUGAUUAUUCCGUUAACACAGAAUUCCCGUUCAACAUUUCAUCGGAUCCAGUUCUGGAGAAUAAUUUCAAGAUCGAUAAAGAUACCGAUUUCAAUGUUAAAAAAACAAAGCCAGAUCGUAAGUUAGAAUAUGAAAUAUACAGAGAAAAUGAACUUAAACCAGAAAAAUAUAACAAUGGGAGGGUUCGUGUGUAUUACGAUAAAAAUAACAAAAGGAAAAUUCGUAAUGUGUUUGACCCCUAUGGAACAUUUCGAUUUUGUGAACAGUUUUAAUGCUUCAAUUUUGAUAAUUUAAGGUUUGGUGUUAACUAGG